AGGCAGAGGCGGAGCAGGACCAGGGAGAGGACGCAGAGGGGGUGGAGGGCGGAAUCGAGGGGAGGACCCGGGAGGCGGAGGCGCGCAGAAGGAGGGGCGCAGCAGCCAAGCCACUAGCCCGGCCCCGGAGCGCUGUUCUUCAGAUACUCCCGGAGCUCAGGCCGCGCAUAUCGCGCGUCCCCUCCGCUCUGCACCCCAAACUUCAGCGGCAGCUCCUUUUUCGAGCUUGCUUCAAAUCAGACUGCACUACGACCCGGACACCGAGUCCGCGGAGUGAAAGCACACCGGCGAGCAGAACCAGCACAGAGAAGCAGCCUCACGAAGCAGCAACUCCGGGUUGGGAGAGCAGAAACCAACAAGUGAGAAGGCGCCGCAUUCCAGGACGCAGCGCAAAAGCCGUAGCAGGCGCCAGAGGAGACAGCUAACGCCCGGAAUCUGAGCCCGAGCUCGAGACGAGCUCCUACGGCUGCUCAGCUCAGAUAUCUCUAGGCCCCCUGCGCUGUCCCCUGUGCUUCGUUUCAUCGCAUUGCGAGUCACGUCCCCAGGGGAAUAUGCAGUGCGCGUGGAUCCUGCUCACCUUGGGCUUGAUGGCCUGCGUGUCGGCUGAGACGAGAGCAGAGCUGACAUCUGAUAAGGACAUGUACCUUGACAACAGCUCCAUUGAAGAAGCCUCGGGUGUAUAUCCUAUUGAUGAUGAUGACUAUUCUUCUGCCUCUGGCUCAGGAGCUGAUGAAGACGUAGAGAGUCCAGAGCUGACAACAUCCCGACUGAGUCCAAAGAUCUCGUUCACUAGUGCUGCCCCCAAAGUGGAAACCAUGACGCUGAAGACACAAAGCAUUACGCCUGCUCAGACCAAGUCACCUGAAGAAAUUGACAAGGAGGAAGUUGGCAUCUCUGAGGCAGAAGAGAAGCUGGGUCCUGCUGUAAAAAGUACAGAUGUGUACACAGAGAAACAUUCAGACAAUCUGUUUAAACGGACAGAAGUCCUAGCAGCUGUCAUCGCUGGUGGGGUGAUUGGCUUUCUCUUUGCCAUUUUUCUCAUUUUGCUGUUGGUGUACCGCAUGAGGAAGAAAGAUGAAGGAAGCUAUGACCUUGGGGAGCGCAAACCAUCCAGUGCAGCUUACCAGAAGGCACCUACUAAGGAGUUUUAUGCAUAAAGCUCCCACUUAGUGUCUCUAUUUGGGAGAUCACUGAACUUUACAAAAUAAAGCUUUGGCAUAGAGUAAUGAAGAUCUUUGUUAUUUGUUUUGUUCAUUACAGAGCCAUACUGGCUUUCUAAUGAUAAAAUCCCAUUGUAUUUAAAACUUUUCAUGUAUUUCUUUAGAAUGACAUACAAAGUAAAAAUUUAACAUCUGCAGUGUUCUGUGAAUAGCAGUGGCAAAAUAUUAUGUUAUGAAAACCCUUGACAUUCGUGGAAUUGGUUUGAGCAUCUAUGCGCAAAUACAAAAUGAUUGUGUUUGUCUUCUGGUUCAAAGAUGACUGCUGUUCCCCUCAUCAGCAUGUCUCCAAUUGACCUUACCAAGUUGGUCUUUGUUAAUUUAUCUCUUGUCCCUCUUCUCUGCCCUCCCUUCUUGCCCCCUUCCUUAAAAAAACAAAACCUUAUGCCUUUUGUAGCUGUCAAGGUGCAAUUUGUCUUUGAAUGAUUACAAUAAUGGUAAUUUAGUGUAUAUGUGAUUUUUUUCCAAAUAUGUAAACUUACUUUAUGUACUUUUGUAAAUGUCAGACUAACCAUUUUACACUUGCUUUUCUUUUCAUUACCUGUAGCUUCAGGCAGAUUUGCAACCGCAAAUUAAUGUGUAAAAUUGGAUUAUUACUACGAAGCUGUUUAGUCCUAGUGAUCUAACCAGAUCUUCUUUUGGGAGGAUUUGACAUGAGUAACUGACAAGUCUCAGCAAAUCCAAAGAUGCUAACAGUAUUUUGAAAAGUUGCUGCAGAUUCCUUGGCCACUGUGCUUGUUAAUUUCUUGCAAUUUGAAAUACAAGGAAGAGUUUAAAGGAAAAAAAAAGACCAGUUUUGUUCUUUAAAAUGCAUUUAAGUUGUAAACAUCUUUUUAAGCCUUUGAAGUGCCUAUGAUUCUAUGUAACCUGUUGCAGACUGGUGUUAAUGAGCAUAUAUAACAGUUUAAAAAACAGUUGGCAUUUUAUAAGCACAGACAAUUCUAAUGGUAACUUUUGUAGUCUUAUGAAUAGACAUAAAUUGUAAUUUGGAAACAAACUACUGAAUAAAUCAUGUGGCCUAAUAUUGAUAAUGUCACUGUUAUAAAUUUUGUACAUUUUAUCAAAUGUACAUCUCCCCUUUGCUAUGACUGACCGUCUGCUCUCAGCAACGAUGUGGGUUCGAUUUUUGAGUAUUUCAUGGUGUCUGUAAGUUGAGACCAAAGAGCUGAACAGCAAGGCUGUUUAUUACCAGAGUCACCUCUGAACUGGCCAGAGGAAAUGUAUGUAUCAUCCAUGUGUUUGGGUACAGGGAUAGGAAGACUGCGAAGGGUUUCAAGAUUUGCAACCUUUAUAGCAUAGCUACUGGCAAUAUUGAGAAAGAUGCCUUCUUUUGCAAUUUACUUUUAAAAGUAUAAAUUCCAAAGAAGUGAAAGGGCCUUUCUGGAAGUAGGUAUCUGGGGCUCAGUCCUACAGAUUCAUUUAUCUGUCAAAGCUCACUGGAGAUUGGUAGAACUCCUGUAUGGAACACUACAGCCACUCCACGGGGCUGAGGGAAGAGUAGGGACUCUGGAUGAUGAAUGACAGUCUUGCUACUUCGGAUGGAUAUUUCUAGGAAAAGCAAUGCCAGAGGAAGAGAUGGAGGGAUUGGGAUAGCCUGGUUGGGUACUCACUGUACAACGCAUUUCUUUUCUCUGUUAUAUUUUCUAUUUUACCAUUAAUUUUAUUUUUAAACUGUGAGCCAUGGAAGUAGAAAGAAGACAGCAAGAACUGCAACUUUUCCAGCAUAAAGUUUACUUUUAAGAAAGUUUGACUACUUCGUUUGAGAACCUUCCCUGGACUUGCCACAGAACUCAAUCAAACAAAACUAAAGGAACACUUGGAACCGUGUUGUAUCUGAAUCCUUAAAGGCCUUAAUUCCCAAAUUCCCGUCCAAUUUCAGAUGUCAUUCACCUUGUUUAGGAUGAUUAAAAGGAAAUGAUGGGCCCUUCCAAAGCUGCACAAUGCCCCUCAAUUACAGAGGCUAAGAAUGUAGUGGGUAUACCUCUAACUGUCUAAACAGUGCAAUUCUAUUUGUAGAAUAACUUGCUUGGGAUAUCUGUGCCAGGAAAAGAAUUUUCUGGCAAAUAUUUUGUCACUGCUGUAAAGCAAAUUUGUUAAAGUGCCAAAAUAAAGUCUGUCAUGCCGAAAGUAAAU